GUAGCGCUUUCCCUAUCGACGCACAAUCACAAUACAACCUCAACUUCCGGACAGGAGUUUUCAAACAACAGUUGCUAGCCAGCUAGCCGAAACACAUUCUUGCUCAGGGAGAAGACGGCAAACUUCACUGAGUUUUGGCUAGCGGGCUAGCCUGUUGUCAAUCUAACCAGCGAUGUCGGCAAACUCAAAGAGGAGAAGAGCCACUUCACCCUCCAGCAGCAUCAGCGGAGGAGGAGACCUCGAUGAUGCCUCCUCUACUCCUGGAAGUGGCAGAAAAAGAAGAAGAAUCUCCAAUGUACCUCCUGUGGAUACGAUUGCUGUAUGCCAUGAGCUGUUCAACGCUGUCAGGGAUCACAAGGAUGAGCAAGGAAGGCAACCCAGUGAAUUUUUCUUGAGGGUACCAAAGAGAAGGAAUCUUCCUGACUAUUAUGAAGUGGUUUCCCAGCCAAUUGAUAUGUCAAAAAUUCAGCACAAACUGAAGUCAGAGGAUUACAAUGAUGUGGAGCAACUAACUGCAGAUUUCCAGCUCAUGUUCAACAAUGCCAAAUCAUUCUACAAGAGAGACAGUGAGGAGUUCCAAGCUGCAUGCAAGCUGUGGGAGGUUUAUUUGCAAACGAGGACGGAGUUUGUUCAACCUGGAGAUGGAGAUGAUGAUGAUGAAGACGGUGAUGACAUGAUGGAUACUCCAGGAAUGUCAACUGAAGAUGAGACCUCAACUAGCAGUUUGAAAGAGGUGUUGGAGCAACUCUUAGAGGCUGUGGUGUCACACACUGAUCCCUCAGGGCGUCUGGUCAGUGAACUGUUCCAGAAACUGCCUUCCAAAGUGCAUUACCCAGACUACUAUGCCAUUAUCAAGGAGCCAAUAGAUCUAAGGACAAUUGCUCAGCGGAUACAGAUUGGACACUAUAAAAGUGUCAUUGCUAUGGCUAAGGAUAUUGACUUGAUGGCCAAAAAUGCCAAAACAUACAACGAACCAGGAUCUCAGGUUUUCAAGGAUGCUAAUACCAUAAAGAAAGUCUUCAUCCAGCGGAAGACUGAACUUGAACAUGCUGAACCCACUAAGUCUAGUCUUCGCAUCAGGAAUCGCAGGUCAGGCCAGGGGGAUCGGCUCUCAGGCGUCAGUGUUGCUCUUCACUACGGCUCGGAAAGCGAGGACGAUCCUGUGCUCUUAGGCUCCGUGUGCUACGAUGAGGGUGAGUCAGAGGCAGAGAGCCAGAGCUCCAGUAUGGAGAUGAGUAACCCGAUCUUCCAGCUGUAUGAAGCUGUGAGGGGGGCUAGGAACAACCAGGGGCAGGUUUUUUCUGAACCUUUUCAGCAGCUUCCCUCUCGCAGGGAAUAUCCUGACUAUUAUCAACAGAUCAAACAGCCGAUCGCCCUGCAGCAGAUCAGGGCUAAGAUGAAGAAUGGCGAGUAUGAAAGUGUGGAACAGAUAGAGGCUGACCUCAAUGUGAUGUUUGAGAAUGCAAAGCGCUACAACAUGCCUAACUCAAGUAUUUACAAACGGGCCUUUAGGCUUCAGCAGAUCUUACAGGCCAAAAAGAGGGAGCUUCUGAGGAGGGAUGAUGAGGAUGGAGAUAGCAUUCUGUCAUCUGAUGCAGGAAGCAUCAAAAGAAAAAGCCACAAGAAAAAUGUGAAAAAGAACAGAAUGAAAGCCUUAUAUGCUGCAGUGACCGAGGCCAGGGAGGCUAGCACCGCUCGCCGACUUUGUGAUCUCUUCAUGGUCAAACCUUCUAAAAAAGACUACCCUGACUACUACAAAGUCAUCCUUGAACCAAUGGACCUAAAGACCAUCGAGCACAACAUUCGCAAUGAGCGCUACAGCACUGAGGAUUCCCUCAUGGAGGAUAUGAAGUUGAUGUUCCGCAAUGCCCGGCAUUACAAUGAGGAGGGAUCUCAGGUAUAUAACGAUGCUGAUAUUCUGGAGAAGAUACUUCAGGACAAGCGCAAUGAGCUGGGACCGCCACCUGAGGAAGAUGAUGUUGGAUCUCCAAAACUGAAAUUGAGAAAAAGUGGUGUUUCUCCAAAGAAGUCCAAGUACCUCACCCCUCUCCAGCAGAGGUUAAAUGAGCUCUAUGAUGCUGUGCGAAACUUCACUGACCGCAGAGGCCGACGAUUGAGCACAAUCUUCCUCCGCCUGCCGUCUCGCUCCGAGCUGCCUGAUUAUUAUGCCACUAUAAAGAAGCCCAUCGAUAUGGAGCGUGUGCGAAGCCACAUGGCAGCUGGUCGUUACCAAGAUGUCGAAGCUCUGGUGGAGGACUUUGCCCUCAUGUUCAACAAUGCUUGCAUGUACAACGAGCCCGAGUCUCUCAUCUACCGGGAUGCACUGGUGUUGCACCGCGUGCUGUUGGAGACCCGUAAGCAGCAGGAGGGAGGAGAGGACUCGGGGCCUCCUGCUGUGGGACCUCUGGUACGAGAGCUGAUCAGGAACCUGUUUGUGUCCGUGCUGGGUCACCAGGACGAAGAGGGCCGAUGCUAUAGUGACUCGCUGGCUGAGAUUCCUGCUGUUGAUCCAGCUGCUCCUGAGAAACCACCGCUUAACUUUGAUGUCAUCAGGAUGAACGUUGACCGCGGACGUUAUAGGAGACUGGACGUCUUCCAGGAACACAUGUUCGAAGUGCUUGAGAAGGCACGGAGGCUACACAGGACUGACUCUGAGGUAUUUGAAGAUGCUGUGGAGCUGCAGCAAUUUUUCAUUAAGAUAAGGGAUGAGCUGUGCAAGAAUGGGGAAAUUCUGCUCUCCGCCGCUCUCAACUACACGAUAAAACACCUGCACAAUGAUGUGGAGCAAGAAAAGAGGGAGAAAAUUCCAAAGGAGAUUGAGGAGGACCGAAAGAAGGAGGAGGAGGAGAAGGAGGACAAAGAGAGUGAGAAAGCAGAGGAUCAGCAAGGAGAGUCAUGGCAACCAGAGUCGGAGACAGAGCGUGUGUACAGUCAGGACUGUAGCUUUGAAAACCGCACCUACCAUGUGGGGGAGUUUGUCUAUGUGGAGCCAUCGGAGCCCAAUCUGAAGCCACACAUUGUCUGCAUCGAGCGACUGUGGGAGGAGGAAGCAGGUGGGAAGUGGCUCUAUGGCUGCUGGUUCUACAGACCGAGUGAAACCUUCCACCUGGCAACACGCAAGUUCCUGGAAAAGGAGGUUUUUAAGAGCGAUUACUAUAACAAAGUGUCCAUCAGUAAAGUUCUGGGCAAGUGUGUGGUAAUGUUUGUGAAGGAUUAUUUCAAAAUGCAGCCUGAAGGCUACAGAGCUGAGGACGUGUAUAUAUGUGAAUCUCGCUACACUGCUCGGACCAAGUCCUUUAAGAAGAUCAAGAUUUGGGCCAUGCCUCCAAGCCCUGUGAAAAUAGUCCCUCGAGAUGUGCCACUACCUGUUGUUCGUGUUGCUUCCAUGUUUGCCAAGCCUGACAUGGACAAAACAACAAUUUCUUACUCGGACAGCGGCAGUUAUGUGGAUAAGGAGAGAGAGGAUGUGCCCAUGGAGAUGAGUGGAGCCGAGCUCGACUGCCAGUAUUAUGAACAGAUGCGCUUCAACAACAUCUGGGUCAAAGUUGGAGACUGUGUUUACAUCCAGUCUCAUGGUCUAUCCAAACCAAGAGUUGCCAGGAUCGAGAAGCUGUGGGUGCAGAAUGGAGCUGCUUUCUUCUUUGGACCGAUAUUUAUCCAUCCUGAGGAAACAGAGCAUGAACCCACGAAGAUGUUCUACAAAAGAGAAGUGUUUAUGAGCCAUCUGGAGGAGACUUUACCCAUCACCUGUGUCAUAGGCAAAUGCAUGGUGUCAUCUUUUAAAGACUUCCUGUCAUGCAGACCUACUGAGGUUUCAGAAGAUGACAUCCUGCUGUGCGAGAGCCGCUACAUUGACACAGAGAAGCAGAUGAAAAAGUUCAAGGGUUUGAAGCGCUUCUCCUACUCCUCCAAAGUAGUGGAGGAUGAGAUCUACUAUUUCAGAAAAUUGAUAGUGCCACAGAAGGAAGCAUCGCCCUUUUUGGACAAGAAAAUUGAUGAACUCGAGUUAAAACUGGCAGAUUUGGAGGAUGCUGAUGAUGAUAUGGAAGACAUGGACGAUGAGGAGGAGGCUCCAGCAACACCUUCUAUGCCUCAGAUGCAGACCCCUCAUCCAAGCGAUAUGGAUAUCAUGCCAUAUACACCUUCUCAGUCCACUCCUCGGGUGAAGGGCUUAUCAAAGAAGGAAGGAGCCAAGAGGAAGAUGAACAUGAGCGGCUACAUCUUAUUCAGCAGUGAAAUGCGAGCAGUCAUCAAAGCUCGACACCCAGACUACUCCUUUGGGGAACUGAGUCGUCUCGUGGGCACAGAGUGGAGGAACCUUGAGGCCUCAAAGAAAGCAGAGUAUGAAGAGCGUGCAGCCAAAAUCGUGGAGCAACAAGAUCGUGAGAGACCACCCCAGAAGCAAGCAUCCCCUAGAGCAGGUACCCCCAUAGGGGCACUGAUGGGGGUGGUGCCUUCGCCUAGCACUAUGGGAAUGAUAAACCAGUCCAUGACACCUGUGUCAGGCAUGAUGGGAGCUUACGGCCCACCUUAUAUGCCCAUGCAGGGCCCCCAUGAGGGCUUGCUGAGUGUGGCCCCAAUGCCACCUCACCCUGCAGGUGGGCCCUACCUGCCUCCUCACCAUCUCCAGCAAGGUAUGCCUGGGUACCCUGGCAUGCCUCAUCAGGGUAUGAUGGGUCCUGGGAUGAAUGGCAUGGCAGGAAGUCCUGCACAAGGGAACUAUAUGCAACAGCCUGGGAUGUUCAGCCCAGGACCACAUGCUCCUCCACCUUAUCCUGGACAGGGACAGCCAUCACACCUGCAACCCACCUCUCCCAUGUUUGUGGCUCCACCUCCAAAGACUCAGAGGGUGCUCCACUCUGAGGCCUACCUGAAGUACAUUGAGGGUUUGAAUUCAGAGUCCAGCACUGUCAGCAAGUGGGACCAAACGCUCAGAGCCCAGAGGCGUGAUGCUCACCUGACCAAAGAGCAGGAGAGCCGGCUGCCAGCACACUGGCUAAAGAGCAAAGGAGCCCACACAACCAUGGCCGAUGCACUGUGGCGCCUGCGUGACCUAAUGCUGAGGGACUCUCUGAACAUCUGUCAAGCACACAACCUUUAACUUGUUGGACAUUGACCACUAUAACCAGCUCACUCACUGCUCUUAUCCUCAAGCUGUUAAAUUAAGAAAGGAUUAUAGACCAUAGAAGCAAUAUUUUAUAGUGAAUCAUGAUCAAUUUUAUAUUUAUUAGCUUAAAAUAAUGAGCUUGAUAGUAAUAUGUGUGUGCAUUUCAUUUUUUACGGACCAGUUUCAUUAUGGUGCAAAAUCAUUGUUCUUUGGCUUAUUGAUACUACAAAAUAAAAUAAGAACAUCGUGUUUUUAAUGUUUUUUUUUCCACUGUGUGAUUUGAAAAAUACCGUUUUCUUUUUUGUGCUUGUUUAUUUACGGUCAUUAAAAAAUAGUGUGUUCACCUCUCCA